UGUAGCACAAUUUCUAUAAGAAACGUGUUUGAGUAGUUUGCGAAUUCAGUAUAAUAAUAAUUACGAUUUUAUACUUUUAUAAUAAAAGAAUUUAAUUUAUUGUAAGAUAAAAUGCUAUCAACUGUUUUGAAGGCUGUAUUUGGUUAUGAUGACUUUAAAAGUGAUAUACAAAAACGAGCAACCACUGCUAUAUACAAAGGCCAACAAGAUGUAUUUGUAUGCAUGCCAACUGGAUCUGGCAAAUCACUUUGUUUUCAAUUACCAGCUUUAAUGAAAGAAGAUAAAGUUACAAUUGUUUUUUCUCCAUUAUUAGCUCUAAUGAAAAAUCAAGUAGACUUUUUAAUUAGUAAAAAAAUUAAUGCAAACUCAUUGAACUCAAACACAACUACUAAGGAAAGAAAUGCAAUAAUGAAAGAUUUGACAUCCAAUUAUCCAAAGAUCAAAUUGUUAUAUGUUACUCCUGAAAUGGGAGCACAACAGCAUUUUCAAGACAUAAUAAUAAAAUUAAGGAAAGCAAAAGCAUUAUCUUAUUUUGUUGUUGAUGAAGCUCAUUGUUUGAGUCAAUGGGGUCACGAUUUUAGGCCUAGUUAUAGACAAUUAGGAAUAUUUAAAAAAUUAUGUCCCAAUAUUCCAAUAAUUGCAUUAACAGCUACUGCUGCAAAAGAAGUAAAAGAUGAUAUACUCCAGUGCUUAAAUAUGAAAAAUCCAGCAAUAUUCUCAGUUCCUGUUUUUCGUUCCAAUCUUUUUUAUGAUGUGUGGUUUUUGGAAAUAUUGGAUAAGCCCUUUGAUCAUUUAAAAAAUUUUAUUAUAGAAACUCUUGGUUCUCAAGACAAAUCUAUUCCCAAAGUCAAAAGAAGUUGUGGCAUUAUUUAUUGUAGAAAAAAAGAAGCAACUGAAGUAAUUGCACAUAAAUUGUCCAGUUUUGGUAUACCUACUUUAGCAUACCAUGCAGGUUUAAAAAAUCAGGAACGUAAUGAAGUUCAAAAUAAAUGGACAUCUGGUGAUGUACCUGUUAUUGCAGCAACAUGUAGUUUUGGAAUGGGUGUGGAUAAAGGAUCUGUUAGAUUUGUAGUACAUUGGACAAUUCCUCAAAAUAUAGCAGCAUAUUAUCAAGAAUCUGGUAGAGCUGGCAGGGAUGGUCAACCAGCAUUUUGUAGAAUUUAUUUUAGUAAUGAAGAAUAUGCACCUAUUGCAUUUCUUAUUAAAGAAGAAAUAACGAAAAAAGAUUCAGAGCUUGUAAAAUUAAGAUGGAAAAAUUUUGAGAAAACUGUUUCUUAUUGUCUUGAAACGAAAUGUAGACAUGCAGUAUUCUCUAAGUAUUUUGGAGAUAGUCCACCAUUAUGCAAGGAUAGGUGUGAUGUAUGUAAAGACAAAAAUAUUGUCCAGUCAAGGAUAUCCCAAUUUGAAUUGUCUCAAACUACAUCACGAGUAUCUCAAACUAAAUCUAAUAAUAAUUUAAAUGGCAUUGCUUUACCAAAGUAUGAUCAUGAUGAAAAUGAAUAUGAAGAAAAAUUAGUUUCAAGAGAAAAGCUCUUAGCUGAAGAUAAACGAGAAGUUCAAGAAUUAAUUGAAAAACAAUUUGCUAUUCGAAGAAAUAAUAAAAACAACGAGUUAAAAAAACAAAAUCGUGAAGAUGCAAAAAAAUCUCAUGUUCGCGCAGCGGAAAGUACUGACGUAAAAAUAAAGGGAUUAGCUGUUCAAGUUCGUGAACAUUUUUAUAUUCAAUUAAAAUCAGCAUUACUGGAUAAUUAUGAGAAGAAUUUUUCUGAAUCUGAAGGACAGAUUCAGGAGGCUGAUAUACAUAACAUAGCAUACGAACUUGAAUAUAAAGUGUUAUGCAAUAGUAAAAUUGCAAAUAAAUAUAAAUUUGAUAUGUCUAAAUUGAUUUCUUUGGUACGAAAAUGUACCAGUACUAACACAUUGCAUGAAUAUUUACGUGAUUUUAAUGCAACUAAUAAACAGAAGGUGCAAUCAGAAUAUUGUAACGAGUAUAGCAAUAAAGAGGAAGAAAAUAAUAGUUAUUUAAUACAAGAUAUAGAAGAUCGAAGUAUGUUAGAUAAACAAACAAAUAAGAAUAUGUCGUGCCCUACAUUUAAGACUGCUUUAGAACUUAAAAAGAAUGAACAAUUAUUGGAAAAUAAAUCUAACAACAAUAAUAAGAAAUAUACAUUAAAAGCAAGCACUUUACAAGAUGAUAAUGAUGCCAUUAACAUGAGAGAACCAAAACAUAAUAUCAAUAAAAAUUCUUUCCUCUUUUUUGAACAUAGUGCUGCUGAAAAAAGUAAUGGUGUAAAAGAAUAUAGUAGAAAAAUUAAUGAAAAAGAUAAAGUUACUGAUUUUCAAAUAUCAAGUGGUUUCACUUGUGCACGAAAAAUUCAUGAGGAAAAUGAAAUGGUAUUAUGCAAUAAAAAACCACAAAAGUCUUUGAAGGAGCCUGGAAAAAAAAAUUCCAAAAACAAAAAAGAGUCUCCUACAAAGAAAUCAGUUUAUGAACAAAUUUUACAAUCUGCAAAAUCGAAUCCCAUUGUUACAGUUGCGGAAAAUAACGAUAGUACAAAUAUUAAGGUUUCAAUAGAAUCAAAACACCAAAGUAAAAGAAAGCAUAGAAAUGUAGAUCUAUUUAAAAAUAAUUCAGAUAUGGAAUUAAAUAAAAAGGUGAAACUUAAUGAAGAGAAAUUUCCUAUAAUUAAUGUGAAAGAAGAUACUACUAUUAAUGAAUUUAGUGUAAAUGAGACUUUUGUUAAUAAAAAUAAUAAAAUUGAUAAUGAUAAUAUUGAAACUCAGGAUGUUAAAAAUAAAAAAGUAUACACAAUAAUAAAAGAUAUGGUAAAAGAAGAAAAAUCUAAAGAAAAAACUACAGUAACUGAACAUACAGAAACAAAAAAAUUAUUAGAAGGAAAAUGUGAUAAAAAGACUCGUCUGAAACAUCAUAUAGGAAAAGAUAAAAAGAUACUUGUAACUGCUGAUAAAGCUACUCAGUUUAAGACUGUAGAAAUUUUAAAAUCAUAUUUAAUGAAAUAUUAUCCAUCUGAACGUAUUCCUGAUCGAACGACAUUUUCAAAAACAUGUAGGGAGAUGCAUCAUACCCUACUUGCUCAAAAAAUAUUUGAUAAAGAGGGAAUACAGAAAUUUGUUCUGAAAUAUAUGACACAAAAUUAA